UUUGAAGAACUUGUGGUUCUCGAACAAUUUCUUGGUCACUUUGAACAUGAGUAUUUGCCUUGACAAUCGAAGUCCAUGUGAAAUAGCUAACCAGACAGUCUUCAAAAAUGCCUUGCUUCCAAAGCAAAAAUGUAGUUGGAUCCAAAAUUUACCAAGUGGAUUUUCACUGUCAUCUUGGAAGAUGAACAACUCCCUUGGUCCUCAUGAAUCACUCUCAGACAUCAUGAAGAAUAAGCUUGACGAGUAUUUAGAAAUGCCAGGCUACAGAAAACAAACUAAGUGCAACAGGAGAAGUUCACAGUUCUGGCCAACUUUCAAUGGAUGGAAAGAUGACUGUAGGUUAUCAGGCCUCCCUUACAACCUGGAGAAGAAGACGUCCUGUCAGCUUCACUCUAGCUGUACCUCCAUCACCUGCUGUACAGAAGACACAGAACUACAGACCACAGUCUCCUGGUUCUUACACAUUGACUCCUGUCGUCUAAAACUGAGUGUCGGCAUAGAGGAGUGGAAGGCUGACUUCUCUCUCAUUGACUUCAACUUCGGUGAGAACAAGAUAUUUCAACUAGGUGGAGUAUACAGAUUGAGAAGGACUAGCUAA